CAAUGGAGACUCCCAACCUGGAGUUUGAGUAUGGAGACACGGACACAAUCACUGCUGAACUUUCAGAGCUCUACAGUUACACAGAGGAGCCAGAGUUUGCCCUGAACAGAGACUACUUUGAGGAGGACUUUAGGAGCCAUGCACGAGGCAGGAGGUGGAUCAAGCUGACGGUGGAGGAGCAGAGGGCGUAUGUGAUGAGGCUGCUGGAUGCGUUGGAGGUGACGGACAGAGACAAGAGGCUGAAGGUGGCCAGGGCCAUCCUCUACUUGGCGCAGGGAGUGUUUGAUGAGUGUGACACAGAGGUGGACGUGCUCCACUGGUCCAGACACAACGUCUUUCUGCUCUACGACAUGGGCAUCUUCACGGCACUGUUGGAGCUGCUCAGCAUGGAGAUAGAUAACAGCCAGGCGUGCAGCAGUGCAGUGAGGAAGCCUGCCAUCUCUCUUGCAGACAGCACAGAGCUCAGAGUGUUACUGAGCAUCAUGUACCUAAUGGUGGAGACCAUUAGAGUUCAAACAGAGGAUGACCAGCCUGAGAGGAUAGCGGCCAGAGAGGCCUUCAAGAAUGAGUUAGGUUCACCUCUGUACAAUGGAGAGCCCUUCGCCCUGCUCCUCUUCACCAUGGUGACCAAGUUCUGCAGCAUGAAUGCCCCGCACUUCCCCAUGAAGAAAGUACUACUGCUGCUCUGGAAGACAAUACUGUUCACUUUGGGGGGUUUUGAGGAACUCCAGGAGAUGAAGGUACGGGGCCGGGAGCGUCUCAACCUGCCUCCACUACCGGAGGACAGCAUCAAGGUGGUCAGGGCCAUGAGAGCAGCCUCGCCCCCGGCCUCCGCCAUGGAGCUCAUCGAACAGCAGCAGCAGCAGAAGAGGGGCCGCCGCAGCCGCAGGCCCCUAGUCAAACAGGACAGCCUGGACACGUACAACGAGCGGGACCCCUUCAAGAACGACGAUGCCAGGGAUGAGGAGGAGGACCCCGAGGACACGGACAGCGGCAUAGAGGGUGAGGUGGACCCCCUGGACCGUGAUGUCAUCAUCCAGCCUCCGCCACCACCGCCUCCUCUGAGACCUCCAACAGAGAGGGUCAACUUCCCCAAGGGCCUCCCCUGGGCCCCUAAAGUCAGGGAGAAAGACAUCGAGCACUUCUUAGAAACCAGUAGAAACAAGUUCAUCGGCUUUACUCUGGGAAAUGACACAGAGACCUUGGUGGGCUUGCCCAGACCCAUCCACGAGAGUGUCAAGACUCUUAAACAGCACAAAUAUGUGUCUAUUGCUGAAGUCCAGAUCAAGAGGGAGGAGGAGCUACAACAGUGUCCUCUGACUCUGGGUGAAGAGGAGGUGGAGGAGACACCAGCAGAGAUGCUGUACCUGGGCAUGCUUCCUAACCUUUCCCAGUAUGUGAUUGCCCUCCUCAAGCUGCUGCUGGCUGCAGCUCCCACCUCCAAAGCUAAAACUGACUCUAUUAACAUUCUGGCUGAUGUGCUGCCUGAGGAGAUGCCCAUCACAGUCCUUCAGAGCAUGAAGCUGGGAAUUGACGUGAACCGUCACAAGGAAAUCAUCGUCAAGGCCAUCUCUGCUCUGCUGCUGCUGCUCCUCAAGCACUUCAAACUCAACCAUAUCUAUCAGUUCGAGAUAGUCUCCCAGCACCUGGUGUUUGCCAACUGUAUCCCACUAAUCCUCAAGUUCUUCAACCAGAACAUCAUGUCCUACAUCAGUGCCAAAAACAGUAUCUGUGUACUGGACUUUCCUCACUGUGUGGUCCAUGAGAUGCCUGAGCUCACAGCUGAGAGCUUGGAAGCAGGAGACAGCAACCAAUUCUGCUGGAGGAACCUGUUCUCUUGUAUCAACCUGCUGAGAGUCCUGAACAAGCUAACCAAGUGGAAACACUCUAGGACCAUGAUGCUGGUGGUGUUCAAGUCUGCCCCCAUCCUUAAAAGAGCUCUGAAGGUGAAACAGGCCAUGAUGCAGCUCUAUGUUCUCAAACUGCUUAAGAUCCAGACCAAGUACCUGGGCCGCCAGUGGAGGAAGAGCAACAUGAAGACCAUGUCGGCCAUCUACCAGAAGGUCCGCCACAGGCUCAAUGAUGAUUGGGCCUAUGGAAAUGAUAUUGAUGCACGGCCGUGGGACUUCCAGGCGGAGGAGUGUGCGCUGCGUGAGAGCAUCGAGAAGUUCAACAGCCGCCGCUACGACAAAAACAAGAAUGGGGACUUCACCCCGGUGGACAACUGCCUGCAGAGCGUGCUGGGCCAGCGUGUGGAUCUGCCCGAGGACUUCCACUACAGUUACGAGAUGUGGCUGGAGAGAGAGGUGUUCUCCCAGCCGAUCCAGUGGGAGGGGCUGCUGCAGAAUCCUUGAUGGAGGGGAGUUGAGAUGGUUUGAGAGA